GAUGCAUUUACAAGAAAACGACCUUCACCCUGUCCCACAGUUCAGAGUUGGCCAGCACGGGUUAUAGGAUCUUUGAAUGAAUAUAUUGACAUAUUACGGGUAUUAUAAUAGAUAAAAGUGUCAUCUACCAUGAGAGCUAUAGCGUUACAAGAGAUAGUAGAUGCCCAGGAAACAAUUAAAGAAUAUGCAUUUAGAACACCUUUAAUACCUUUAUAUUGUGAAUCACAAUGGGGCAAGAUAUAUUUGAAAUUAGAAAACCUUCAACCAACUGGAUCAUUUAAAGUUAGAGGAGCAAGCAAUGCUUUAGCAGCCCUGAAAUCAGAAAAGUUAACUGAUGUUUACACUGCAAGUGCUGGAAACUUUGCCCAGGGUUUAGCGAGGAAUAGUAGAAUUCUUGGCUUGAACUGCUCGGUACUUGUACCUGAUCACGCACCUGACGUUAAAACAGCUGCAAUAGAAAGAUACGGGGGCAAGGUUAUACGGGUACCUUACGACAUUUGGUGGAACAUCAUUAUAAAUCACAGUCAUCCUGGAAUGGAAGGAAAGCUUAUACACCCAGUUGCCGAGCCAAGCGUUAUAGCAGGCAAUGGGACAAUAGGUCUUGAAAUAUUAGAAGAUCUUCCGGAUGUUGAUGCAGUUAUUGUACCGUACGGAGGCGGAGGACUGAUCACUGGAAUAUCUUCUGCCAUUAAAUCGAAGAAAGCAAACGUCAAGAUAUUUGCGGCUGAAGUAGAAACUGCUGCCCCACUUUCAAAAGCACUUGAAGUUGGGGAACCUGUUGAGUGCGAGUACAAGCCAUCUUUUGUAGACUGUAUUGGCAGCCGAUCUGUUCUGAAUGAAAUGUGGCCAUCCGUUAAGAAGCUAGUUGAUAGUUCACUGGUAGUAACAUUAAAGCAGGUCGCCGAUUCAAUGAAGUUGUUAGCUGAACGCAAUCAUGUUAUUGCUGAAGGCGGAGCUGCAGCUCCUGUAUCAGCUGCCUUAAAUGGGUCUGCUGGUAAAGGGAAUAUAGUGUGUGUUAUAUCCGGUGGAAAUAUAGACAAAGAAACUUUUUCUCAAAUUUUAAAUAAUUCCAUACCGACCUGACAUAACUAUACAUAAUGCUCAAUAUAAAGAAAUGGGGCCUCCAACAAUAAUUCGAAUUUUACAAUAAUUCAAGAAUCACAGAUUUGGGUCAUCAGCCUUUAAAGAAAGCGGGGGACUAUUUUAAUUCUGUCUGUCGGUUACACGUUUUGGGACACAAUAACUUACUUCUAAUUGAGCUAGAACUUUCUAACUCGAUGUAGGCGUCUCUCUGUCUGUUACACGUUUUGGAACGCAAUUUCUGCUUAAGCUAAGCGAUUUGAUUGGUCGAGAUUUUGGAAAACAUUAACUCUGCUUCUAAUUGAGGUAGAAUGUUUAAACUUGGUGUAGAUGUUCUUUAGAUACGUGUCAUGAGUUCGAUGAUGGCUGCUUAGGCUAAGCAAUCAAACUAUAAACUAAGUUUCAUCACUCUCUAUCAGAUAGAAUCAAGAUUAUCUUGUCCUAAAGCAUCAACCAAUGAAAUUGAUUAGCUCUGCUUAGCUUCAGCUCGAAAUGUUAAUCAUUGAACUCAGUCAAGACAUUCAACUAAUGAACGUCUACAUCAAGUUUAAACAUUCUACCUCAAUUAAAAGUAAAGUUGUUAUGUUCCAAAGUUUUGACCAAUCAAAUUGCUUAUCAAUCCUUAGCCUAAGCAGAAAAUUCUCACCGUCGGAGUUUCAUCGCUCUCACUUCAUUAAAACCAGGGGGAUCACGGUGGCUAAGUGGGUAGGGCGUUCGCUAGCCUGGAGGUCGGGUGUUCGAUCCCUGCUUUGCCCGAGAAAGUUCGUCCAGAUUUUCCGGCGUGGUUCUCCCUUGUCAGUGAUGCGGGGAUCACGUGGCUAAGUGGGUAAGACGCUGGAUCGCUAGCCUGGAGGUCGGGUGUUCGAUCCCUGCAUUGGCCGAGAAAGUUCAUCCAGAUUUUCGUGUUUUUAGCUUGUGGUCCCUUUAGAGGUCACAAUUUUUAUCCGAUUGAAAAAAUAAACGUUCGAAUAUUUCACCGUUACACCCUAAUGACGGCUGAGUUAGAAUUUCGUGAAAAUCGGACCAAAACUGCUGGACAAAAUGGCCGUCUCUCGUACGCAAAUAGUGUAACUAUAUGGUAUAUCAAGGUUGUGAACUCUCUAGAAGUCACAAUGUUGAUCCGAUUUCGAUAAAACUUGAAAUUAUCUUUAUAACCCAAAGAUCAUGGUUCCUGUCGAUAUUCGCGCAUAUCGGAUCGUAACUUCCUAAAUUAUGGGCCUUGAUUGUACGAAAAGUCGCCUUUUUUUUAGCUUGUUCUCUAUCCAUAUCUUUCAAAAUAUGGUCGUAUCCUGCCUGGCAGCGCCUGGUUUUUAUUGUUUUUAAAUUCAUGUCCAAGGUAUAAGGGCCAUUUUUCCGCCGGAAUCGAGGUGUAUUGUUGCGCCAUGUCUUGGUCGUACUGAAUCCUAAAUGACCAUCACUAGGUCCCUUGGUAUAGGUGUAGUUUAUAUGGUGAACGCCUUGACUGAGUUCGAUGAUGACACUAUGAUUUUAAUUGAUAGAGACUGAUGAAACUUGGUGUUUAGUUAAUCUACAUCAAAACCUCGGCUUAGCUCGAUCAUGAGCAUUUUCUGCUGACGAUAAGUAUCGAUAAGCAGUUUGAUUGUUCGAUGCUUCCAAAACGAUAAAUGUGCAAUUAAUUCAUGUGUCAUCUUUUUAUUUUUUGAUUGGGGCUGGGGACAUCAGCUAAACUGUUGGUUUAUUAUAUUUAUAACAAAAAUAAAUCAGCUAAUUUCGUUUCACUUGUCUUUACUACACUAGGAUCUGGAAGAGUUGUUAGCAUUGACGUGUUCUGAAUAGUGUGAGGUAUUAGCCAAUGAAACGGUCUGUUACGGCGAACUUUAGGUGUGUUUUGCACGGAACUGUGGGUAAUCCACUAGUAGCACUAAUGCUGAUUGGUUAAUCAAAUGUCUGACGGCAUAGGCCCACUUGCCGCUCGUAUGACUUCUGAAGUGACAUAUCGCAACAACCGGUCAGAUCUUCAUGUAGUGUAGGCCAUCGAAGGUAUAUAAAAUGAAACGAAAUAUAGAUCUGUAUUUUAAUCAGAUUGAAAACAUUAUCAAAUGAUAAAUGUAAAAUGGUGCACCGGACUCGAUUCAAAUAAAUACGCUCUGGGUAAAUCGCUUUUAAAAUAAUAACUAUGGAUAAAUUUGUAAUACGGAACCUUUUCAUAUCUGAAAACAAAAAUAAAUUCAUUCAAAUCAUAAA